GUAGAUAGCUAAACAUUGCACUGUUAACGUUUUGACAUACAGGUUUAUCCAAGGUUUUAGAUUUGAAGUGGAAAAUAAAUUCGCACUAUGUACAAAGUGUGCAGUUUGCAUUAUGAUCAGUACUUCAUGCGUUUUAAGUGUUAAGUAUAUAUUCUUAAAAUGCAAACACUCAUACGUUUAACAAUGUCUGUGUUGUUCAAACAGUGCUGUAAACAACGGAAGGUAUACAUACUCGUUGUUAUUAUUGUUGCAGUGUUGCUAGUGGGAUAUUCCCUUAGGAAUUCAAUGUCAUCUGAGAGUUUUACUGAAAACAAAGGUGUAGACGUUGUGAAUAAUAUGGAACAGGAAGUUAUUGAAUACAUUGCGAAGUAUGUACAAAUAUCAAUUCGUGUAACGGGCUAUGAGUCAAUAGCUAUACAUUUUAUAAAUACGGGAAAGACAGAUGUAAACUAUGGAAAAUGGCGAAUUUAUUUCUAUGCUGUUCGACAGCUGUCAGCGAUUAGGGGUAAUGGACUAGCACUCAAACAUGAAAAUGGCGGUCUGUAUUUCUUCGAACCUGUUGAAAGAGAAUUUAAAUAUUUAAAGUCAGGUUUUAAUGUAACAUUCGACAUUGAACAUUAUCAAGUUGCAUCUAAGUCCGAUUUCUUUCCAAACUGGUACGUUGCGUCGACAGCUGAACAAACGCGUCCGCGGGUUCUAAAAUACACUGAAGGAGAUAAGUCAUUUGUGAAGGAUUUCACGCGGCCAGACCACUGGAAGCAAGGUCCGCAUGACAACAACAACCCCUUGACAAACCUUGAGCGGUACCAGUACUACCGUUACCUUAACAAUCAUUCUAUAAGUGACGUCCAAUAUCACGUGAUUCCAACACCAAAAGUCAUGACCAUCCGUUCAAGAGAAAACGUCGAAAUUGACCGGAAGUGGACAUUAUGUCUGAAUAAACAUUUUCUUUCAGCUGGAAAAUAUUUAGCAGAGGCGCUAAAUUUAAAAAUCCGCGAUAGUUCUGGAGGGAAAAUGUGCAUAUCUAUGAUCAAAGCUGCUGAGUAUGGAAGCGAAGAAUACAGUCUUGAAGUACAGGUAGCCGGUAAGGCUGUAGAGAUUAAAGCUAGCACAGAAGCCGGGGCAUUUUAUGGUGUCCAAACAUUACUAUCUGUUAUGUCGAAAACCAAGAUAAUCACUGAUAUAUUUAUAAAAGAUCAGCCACGGUUUCAACAUCGCGGUUUAAUGAUAGACGUUGCAAGAAACUUUGUGAAAAAGGCAACUAUUCUUAAGGUGUUGGACGUAAUGUCGAUGUAUAAACUCAACGUUCUACACUUACAUCUCUCCGACGACGAGGGAUGGCGCCUUGAGCUGCCGUCCAUACCGGAACUGACGCUCGUCGGCGCUCAUCGCUGCCACAAUGCUGGGGGAAGCAAAUGUUUAAACUCGAGUCUGGGUUCUGGUCCGUACCCGGACACUUCCGGUUCCGGGUUCUAUUCUGUCAACGAUUUCAAGGAAAUAUUAAGGUACGCAGCCUCAAGACACGUAAAGGUCGUUCCGGAAAUAGACGUUCCGGGUCAUUCACUAGCCGCAGUCGCCUCAAUGAACUACAGACAGAAUGUCAUUUUAGCGAGCUCUGAAAAUGGCGGUAACUCGGAGCCAUCAUACCUGCUUAUGGAGCCUGAACGAAGCGUAUUGGGGUUUAAUAACUGGCUUGACAGCGCUAUAAAUCCGUGCCUCAAUACAACUUACCAUUUCAUACGGGCUGUUUUCAAUGACCUUGUUGAUAUGUACGACGGGAUACAGACGUUUGAUUUGAUACACGUGGGUGCGGACGAGGUGUAUCACGACACGUGGGCCGGAUCCCCAGCCUGCGACAGGAGGUUCGGGGCCGGCAAGUACACGCAUGACUUUCUCAAAGAUUUUUUUCUCAAGCAAGUCUCUGCAAUUGCCGCGGACCACAACGCGAGAAUCGUAGCGUGGGAGGACGGUUUGUACAAUUUCCACACAGGGCCAUACGACCGAGCCGGCUUCAAGAAUAAAGAGGUCUGCGUGCAGGCCUGGAAUAACAUUUGGGAAAUGAACAGAGGUGGGCGCAGCAUCGAGUUUGCGAAUGCCGGAUAUCCGGUGAUCUUGUCUAUGGCGACGCAUCUCUACUUCGACCACCCAUACGAACCUGAUCCGGAAGAGCGGGGAUUCUACUGGGCCACCCGCUACACGGACACAUUCAAGGUGUUCGGCUUCAUGCCGGGGGAUCUUUUCGCGAACGCCAAUUUCGACCGGUUGGGGAAUCGCCUCAGCAAAGAGGGUGUGUGUAGAGAUCCCAAAAACUGCCCGGAGCUACGCAAUCCGGCUAACAUAAAGGGCAUGGAAGCCUGUCUGUGGACCGAGACAAUACGUAGCGAGCAUGACGUGUUCUACAUGCUGUUCCCUAGGGUUAUAGCGUUGGCGGAGAGGGCGUGGCAUGAGGCCUCAUGGGAGACGAACGAGCAACUGUUACACAGGGAAUUAGAGCGGUCCAAGGACUGGGGCCGUUUCCUCAGUGCUCUCAGUUUGAAUGAGCUACCCAGGCUGGCCGCGAAAGGCGUGACGUACCGCGUGCCGCCCCCAGGCGUUAACGUCAACGUCGAGGAAAACGUCUUCCGAGUUACAACUUUAUACGCGAACCAUUUGGUUGAAGCCAGCGUUGAUGACGGAUUGACGUGGAGUGUGAUUGAGGACACGUUUCCUAUCACUAAGUCUCUAAACAUCUCAAUCAGAUCGCGAUCUCCGUAUACUAACAUAGUGAGUCGAACAUUACGUGAAAGUAUAUACAGGACUAACGAUGCAGAAGAUCGAAUCUCAUUUUUAAGUCAUAUUUUGUUAAAUGUGUACAUAUGCCGUUUAUUUUAUUUGUCUCUUAUAUAAUUAUUUCAAUACAUUUUAAAUAGCUUGACUCAUUAACAUUAAUGAAUUAUACUGAUUGAUGCAAACGUUAACAAUAUUAGUAGAUAAAAUAAUUAUUAAAAUAGAAAUGUAUUUUAACAGAAUCGUAGCUUUACAUCGCUAGACUUUCGUUACCAUGCAUCACGUUUUUCAUCGUUGUCACUGUGCUUUCAUUAAUAGAAUACGCGUUUUCAACACGACGCAUCAACGUUAUUAGCGUAUCUUUAAAGUAUAACGCAUUCCUGGGAAAAUGAACCUGGACACAAUGGUUCACUUAUCACAACGUUUGACACUGAAAUAAUUGUGCAAUGAUGAUUUCUUAACAGGCAGCUUGUCAUAAUCAGUAAUGUGGUUUCACUGUUUAAUAUUGUGUCAUUUCAUUCAUCUGAUGUUUUUGCUAUUUAUUUGACAAGUAUUCCACUUCAUAAAUGUUCUACACAAAAUUUGUCGUGUCGUGUUGUUUUUUUGAUUUUGUUAUAUCAGACAAAUGUGUUAAAACAUAUAUUAAAUGGAUAAGUGAUUUUAUUUUUGUUUGAUCACCCAAUACACAGUGAGGAAAAACUGUCUAUCUGAAGUUCAAUACGAGUUCAUGACCAACAUAUUUUUUAAAUGGCAAUAUGUGUUUUACGGCCAUGUUCAACUAAACUUUUCGUUAACUCAAGAAAUAGUAAACAAGCUUUGAGUAUAAUACUAGUGUUUCAUACAGUCGAUGUUUUAAAUGUUGCAAAUACUU